UUUUGGAGACAGAUUUUAUUGUAUGCUAUUAUAAAAUUAAUUAAAUUAGUCCUAAUUUGCAUCUUAGCCUUAUUUGCUUUCUUUUAAUAUAUACUAUAAUGCACUUUAAUAUAUGUUUAUAUAUUCUUCCCACUUGGUGCAAGUUGAUGUUCUUAAGCAUCUACUUUGGAUUAUAACUCACUCUUUAGCAAUUUUUCAGGAGAGAGAGAGAGAGAAAACAAUGGAGCUCUCUCAACAUGGGUUCUUGGAAGAGUUACUUCAAGGUCCAAGAAUAAGGGACACUAAUAGUGGCAGUGGUAGUAGUUGGGCAACUUUUCCUAUUACUACUGCUGCUACUGGGUCAAGUGAGUUCUUUACUAAUGGGUGGAACUUUGAUUCUUUUGAUGAAAAUACAAGUUUAUCACCAGCACCAAACCCUUGUUCAUUUUUAGGAUUCCCUACUCCAACAGAACCUACCUUUGACUGCUCUUUCAAUGACCAAACUUACCCUUUCUUUGAUGGCUUUACUGCUGCUACUACUACUGUACCUACUGAGAUUGAUGAUCACACACCUCCAUUUCCAACCCAGGAAGAUUACCCAUCAAUGGUUGAAGAUGAAGAACUCGGUGGUCUUCUUCUUAGAAGUCAUAGUUUUGAGGAAAGAUUAAGCAGCACCAGCUGCAAAGUUGAGUUGGAGCAAGCAAGCAAUAACAAUAAUAAUGGUCAGGUUUUCAGUAUGGGUUUGAGUGCAGAGAAAAAGAACAAGUCUAAGAAGUUAGAAGGGCAGCCUUCAAAGAAUCUAAUGGCGGAAAGAAGAAGAAGAAAGCGCCUGAAUGACCGCCUCUCGAUGCUAAGAUCAAUAGUCCCUAAGAUCAGCAAGAUGGACAGAACUUCAAUUCUUGGAGACACCAUAGAUUACAUGAAGGAGCUGCUUGAAAGAAUCAAUAAGCUGCAAGAAGAAGAAAGUGAAGACGGUACAACUGAAAUGACCUUAAUGACCAACUUAAAUGAGAUUAAGCCAAAUGAAGUGCUAGUAAGAAACUCCCCCAAGUUUAAUGUGGACAGGAGAGAGAUUGAUACUCGGAUCGAUAUCUGUUGUUCAGCAAAGCCAGGAUUACUGCUAUCAACAGUAAACACAUUGGAAGCACUAGGCCUUGAGAUACAGCAAUGUGUCAUAAGUUGCUUCAAUGAUUUUUCCAUGCAAGCUUCUUGCUCAGAGGCUGAUGAGCAGAGGACACUAAUAAGUCCUGAAGAUAUAAAACAAGCCCUGUUUAGAACUGCUGGUUAUGGAGGAAGAUGUCUGUAGAAGAAAGAGAACAGGAAAAGAUAAUGAGUAUGGACAUUUCUAGGUUUGUUUUUUAUGGAGUUAUGCAAGUGAGAACUUGUAAUAAUUAAAUAUCCUCUUUAAUAAGUAUAUGUUCAUUUAUUA